AUGUACAUGCGCCGAGGACAAAUCUAUCCAAGUAACACUGUUUCAUAUUUUCGUACAUGUUGGACAUAUAAAUCUUGGGGUACAGUCGUUGGUGUUCUUACUCUUAUUCUAAUAUUGUCCGGAUUACAUAUUGGUUGGGAUUUUCCGAUACUUGUUAAAAAUCAUCAUUUUUAUUUUCCAAUUUUAUUUGGUAUUGCACUUUUCUACACAAUAUUAAAUUAUUUAUUCGCAGCAUUACAUGAUCCUGGUGUUUUACCACGGCCAAAUGCAGAUGAAAUACUUCAAAUAGAAAAAGAACAAAAUAUUCAGACUGAUUUAAAUGGAAAUUAUUUUCCAUCUGUACCGCCACCAACAACAGUACUUGUAAAGAAUUUUCCUUAUUCAUCUACUUAUUGUUAUACAUGUCGAACUUAUCGUUUACCACGUGCUUCACAUUGUUCGACUUGUAAUGUUUGUGUUCAAAAUUUCGAUCAUCAUUGUCCAUGGAUUAACAACUGUGUUGGUUUAUUAAAUUAUCGUUAUUUUUGUAAUUUCAUUCUUUCGAUCUCAGCACUUUGUUUUAUUGCAUUUGUUGGUUGUGGUGUAGCUGCUUAUCUUCGAUGGGACAUCUAUAAAAAUGAGAUCGGUCUUUUCUUUGCAUAUAAUAUUCCAAGCUUCUUUAAUGGUUUUGUUGGUUUUUGUUUUAUGUUUACACUUAUUCCAUUCUGGUGUUAUCAUUGUAGAUUAACAAUGAAUGGCGAAACAACCAGAGAUGAUAUAAGAUAUAAAAAACAUCUAGAAAAAAAUGAGUUACCUCGUGGAUCACGAUGUCAUAAUUUAAUUGCAUCAUGGUGUGGUCCUACAAGACCAUCAGUCAAUUGGAAUAAAUCGUAUGAUGCAGAUCAUUAUACAAACCAGGAAGCAAUUUAUAGACGAAUACGUCCAACAUUACUAAGCAAUACACUUAUUAUAUUAACACAAAGAAUUCGAGAACAUAUUCAAGAUUUAGUAGCUAAUAAUUAUCAUGGUUUACAACAACAAGUAGAGGCAUAUCAUCGUACAAAUAAAAAAACUUUAGAAACACAAUCAGAAUUAUCUUCGGUUACUGUUAUGAGUCAUCUUCAAACAUACACUAUUGAAAUUAAUUGUAUUGGUAAUAAUCAAAUCGAUGCUCGUUAUUUAUUAAUUGAUGCUGUUCAACAAAUAAAUAUAUCCGCAUUUUGGAAUACAAUAUGGCUUCAUCGUAUAUCAUCUAUCGUUAUGCUUUAUGAAAUACAUGAGAAUAAUUCUUUAAUUCAAUAUUGGCCUGAUGAAAAUAAUCCAACGAUUACAAUUGAGAAUACUUAUCAAAUUGAUUUUAUUCGACAUUUUAAACGAUUAGAUAUAGAAACAUUACAAUUUAAAAUACAGAAACUUGGUGAAACAGAAACUCGUACUAUUGAACAUUUUCAAGUAAAAAAUUGGACAGAAAUAAAAUUUGCAUUAGAUCCUGUUGCACUUUUACGUCUUCAAUAUUAUAUUAAUGAUAAAGAACGAAAUGAAAGACUUCUUGAUAAUACUCCAAAUAGUAUUGCUAUACAUAGUUGUGGUGUUAAUAUACCAGCAGUUGCGUAUAUGACUAUUGAUAUAAAUCGACGUUUAUCAAUGAGAUAUAGUUUUAUUAAUAUACUUAAAACAAUUACUGAACUUAAUACACAAUUACCAAUGAGUAUUAUGAAUAAAGAUCUGUUAAUUGUUGUCUAUACAGUAGUACUUCAUCUGUCAGCAUGGAUUUAUUCAUCGGAUAUAAUGACAUUACAAGGAAUAAAUCAUCAAAUUACCAGGAUUCUUCAAACUAAAUUUGGAACAUAUUUUCAUGAUUCAAUAGUGGAGUUAUUUGAAGCAUUCACAUGUAAUAGUUUGAAAGAACUUAAUGCUAUUCUUCCACUGAGUACAGAAUAUUCUAAUCGAUUCGCGAUUGUUGAUCAUCAUGUUCUUUAUUUUAUUGAUAGUUAUAUACAUUCAAAACCAUUUAUGUUAACAGUUGGUCAUGAUAGUAGUACUACAAUAAAAAUAAUUUCACAAUUUCAAAUUCGACAUUGUUUUCUAUUUCAACAUAGUAGUCAUUUAGAUAUUGGUUUUAUUGAAAAACAACGAUUAAAAAUUGAUAAUAAUGAUAUUUCUGAUGAUUUUCGACGUUAUCAUAAUGAUGAAUCUACGACGUUAUUUUAUCAACCAAUUAAUUCUAUUCGAAAUAUUUUAUUAUAUCGAGUUUCUCAAAUUCUUGUAAAUCUUGAUCAAAAUGAUGAUGUACCAAUUUUAAUAUGGUUGAAUGAUAUUCGAGAAGGUGCUAUUAUAUGUCUUCUAGCGAAUUUAAUGGAACAAUUCAAUACUGAUCAUUCAAUUGAUAUAUAUCAUCAAGCAAGAAAAAUUGCUUUUAUGUGUUCGGCAUUUCGAACAGAAGAUGAAUUUCGAAAUAUGUAUGAAUGGAUUAAAAAGUGGACAGAAAAUGAAUUACAAAAUCAAACAAAUUAA